AUGAGCUCUCAGAGUAAGGUGUCUGGUUUAGGGGACAGAGUCGGCCACAUAAGGGGGGAGCAAGCAGGUCCUGGCAGCCCUUGUGCCUCUCAGGCACGGGAACCAGGCUCGGACUUGGGGCCUCCAGGGAGGGGCGAGGGCAACGGCAGAGAUCAGGGCCAGGAUUUAGGCGACGGCGCAGGGCAGUGCAGGCCCUCAAGCCCCUUGGCCUUCAAGUGGCUGCUGGACUUGGACUCUGCGUCUGAGUCCGAGGCAGAAACGAUCCAGAUAGAACUGUCAGAGCUUUGGAGUAGCCAGGCCUGGCCCGGGACUUCAGCCCCCGAUGGGCAGGAUCCCGUGGAUGACGUGACCCAUAUUCCUGAGCCAUGGGGGGCGUACAGGCAGUCAGGGAGAGACCCAGAUGUUCGGGCCGAACGCAGAGUGCCCAGCAUAGAAAGCGGCUGCCCUGAGGCAGCCUCCGUUUGGGAACACCCCCAGACGGACCCAAGCGGCAGAGGUGAGCAGGGCCCAAGCUGUGUGGAGUCGCUCCGGCCUUGUGCUGGCCCUCAGCACGAUAGUGUCCCCAGCAGAGGCCAGUCCCAGGACUGUGCGGUCAUUCGCUGGAUAAGCGGAGGCCCCACCCAAGGCAGGAUCCCUGUAGAAGCGGCAGCGAGCCCCACAUACUCAGCUUCCCAGGCCAGGGAGAAGUUCCCUCACGAGCAGUCGGGAGCUCCCCUGACCGCCGCUCCCCGGGAUCUCACCUGGGCCACGCAAGUGCAGACAGUGGGAGAAGCAGGGCCCGGUUUCUCCAAGGAAAUGCAGGGUGUUGUGUCCCAAAAGGGAGGGCACACGCCCAGACACCUGACAGCUGCUGGCACGGAGCCCGCUGGCACGGAGGCUGCUGCCCCAGUGACCACUUCCCGGGCCAGCCCUAGGAAGAAAGCUGGUCAGAAGAAGAAGGCCUCACGUGCUGCCCCCCAAGUUGUCCUGGGGGGAGCCUUUCCUCCAUGGGGGUACAGGGGGUUAGCAGGUCCGGCAGAUCCCGCCACCAUCCCCCCGGUGCUUGGUAUUUCGCUGCUGGAGAAGCCCAGUCCCUCUUCUACGAUCCCUUCAAAACCCAGACAGCCCCAGCAGGGUGACUCUGGGAAGAAAUCUGGGGCCAGCAGGAAGUCCCAGCCUGCAGCUGCAAGACAGGCCCGCCCCAACAGAGAUCCUCUGCAAAGGGCUCAACUUCCAGCACAAGUGACAGAGUCACCCUCCGGGUAUAUGCGUCAUGCAGAAUUCCGCUGUGCCCAUGCUCAUACCCAAGACCACAGUGUUCCAGAAAACUUGCAGCCUCGGGGGUCCAGCCCAAGACACCAUCAGCCUAUAGGCCCUGCACACUCUGGACACCAGGAAUCACAUGUCCAUCCUCAAAGAUCAAAAAGGCGACAAUUACCACCUGGAAUAGAGGGCUGUCCUCGGUGCAUCGCACUAGAGAAAGAAGCAGAGGAUCUUAGAGAACGAAUAGAUGUGAUGCGGUCUCUUGCUGAGAGAUAUCAGACCCUAUGACGUUGAAGCGGCCUCUUCUACAAGGCAAGCAGCACCUGGAACCCGUGGAGCCCAGGAACUGGAGCCCAGCUGCUUCUCUCCAGCUCUUCUGCAGCCAGCACUUCCCCUCCUCCCCUGCUCGGAACCCUUUCCCACCCGAGUUCCCAGCAUUUUCCAUUUGCAGUGUUUCUCAUGUUCUGUGCUCUGCCCUCUCUGCGGUUGUGGAAGUGUUGCAUCUCAGAGCAUUUUAGAAACCAAAGUUGUCCUGUUUUGUUCCACAGUAGUAGAGGUGGACGUGAUGACAAUGUAUUCUGUUCGUGUGGAUAGAAAAUGUUAAUGGAAAGGUUUUGAAUGUUUUCACCAUAAACACAUUGUUUGUAGACAGCAUCCACACAUGACCUGGUAUCGCAUGAAAAUAUGCAGGCUUAUGUAUCUCCCGAUAGUUAACAAAUUAUUAAA